GGGGGCGACACGCAGAUGCUCCGACGCAUGCGCAGUCAGAGUAGGCACGCGCGCAAGCGAGACGAGGAAACGGCUUCAGACAAUAAACAUGAUUAAACCGAGUCGUUUUCCCACACAUCUGUAAAGUUAGAUGAAAGCUUAUAUUUUGGUAUGAUCGUUUGACUGGGUGAUCAUAACUGCGUUCGGUUUAGCAAACAGUAGUGACUAUUGUUUCAAAGUAGCCGGCUUUAUGCUAGCAGGCGGCUAGGCCUAGUCUGGCCUGCAGUAUCUCGGUUCAAGCAUGCAUCCCUCUUGGGGCGGUUUCGGCGGCGGACACCAGCCUCCUCCGCAUUUCGGCCCGCGACCUCAUCAGUUUAGAGCAGCUCAACCUCCUCCACCAACAACAGCACCACCACCACAACCAGCAGGAGCACCACCACCGGGAGGAGGUGGGUUUGCAGGAUAUGGCGCUCCGUCUUUCCCGCCGUCGAAUUUCUCCAGCUUACACGAGCAGCAUUUGCAGCAGAUGCAGCAGUUGCAGCAGCUCCACCAGAAGCAGCUGCAGUCGGUGUUGCACCACUCGGGCAACAACAGCAACAGUCCUUCUCCUUACUGGCAGGCUGGUGGUGCUGGUCCCGCCGCUCCACCCAACAGCUUUCAAGCUGCUGGCCCGCAACCACAGCCUCCGCCACCCGAGGUGAAACCCCCAGCCCCGGAGCCUCCUCCACCUGCUCCAGCCGCAUCAAAGCCUCCUGCUGCUUCAACACCUCAGGUUAGCGAUGCCAGUGCACCGGUGGGAGAUGAAAAGCCCGACUUUUCGAAGAUGUCCAUGCAGGAGCAGCAGGAAUACUGGUACCAGCAGCACCUGCAAAAUUUGCAAAAGUUGAAAAAUGAGAAGGCAAAGCAAAAUCAAGGUUCUUUUAAUGAAAGCCAUGCUUCAGCUCCUCCGCCUCCAGUUGAACCCCCAAAGAGCACCCCUCCACCUCCACCACCCAAAGAGGAACCUCCUCCUCCACCUCCACCUGACGAAUCACAGUCCAGCAGUGUCAAUAAUACUGGAGACCCAGCUGAAGCAGCACGUCUUCAGCAACUGCAGGUGGCAGCUGCACAAUGGCAGCAGGUGCAGCAUCAAAGGGCCAGCUUUCAGUACCAGGCACUGAUGCAAGAGCAUGCACAACUACAGCAGAUCCUGCAACAAUACCAACAGGUUAUUCAACAGCCAGCGCAUCUCCAGACAAUGCCUUUCGAAAUGCAGUUGCAACACUACGAAAUGCAACAACAGCGAUUUGCUCCAUUGUACCAAGAAUGGGAAAGACAUUUUAAUUUGUGGUUAGAACAGUUUCAGAUGUACCCACAUAAAGAUCAGCUACAUGAUUAUGAAGCCCAGUGGAGGCAAUGGCAGGAGCAAAUGAAUUCAACUUCAGCUCAUCUGCAAGAGAGGGUCACGACUUUAAGAGCCAUGCAGCAUCAGUAUGGUUCUUCAUAUGGAAUGAUGGGAUCAUAUGGGCAGCAAAGUCCAAAUGUCCAAAUGGGACCAAAUGGAAACAUGAAUUUAGUAGGCCCAGGAACUCCAUCUAUGCCACCGCCAGUCACCAUGGAUGCCAUGCCAGCACCAUCAACACAAGGCCCAUCACAGUCUGGACCAGUUGUUCCCCAGGGUCAUUCACCUUCUGAUCUGGAAUCUAUUUCUGAAACAUGUAAAACUGGUUUACCACCUGGUCAUGGAGUUAGACCGCCUGGUCCUGGGGUUAGACCGCCUGGUCCUGGGGUUAGACCGCCUGGUCCUGGGGUUAGACCGCCUGGUCCUGGCGUUAGACCACCUGGUCCUGGCGUUAGACCGCCUGGUCCUGGCGUUGGACCGCCUGGUCCUGGGGCUGGACCAGGGGUUGGACAACCAAGACCGGGGGUUAGACCACCUGGACCGGGGGUUGGACCACCUGGCCCACAAGGUGUUAGACCAUAUGGACCAGGAGGUAGACCACCGGGGCCAGGAGUUAGACCAUCUGGACCAGGAAGUGGACCGCCUGGACCCCAUGGAAGAUUUGACGGCCCAAGAUUUGAAGGUCCUAGAGGCCCACAAUUUGAACAGCCACCCCAGCAACGAUUUAGUGGACCACCCAGAUUUGAUGCUGGUCAGCGAUUUAGCCAACCUCCUAGAGGUAAUCCUCCCUUUCCAGGGGCUCCAGCAAGGCUGGAGAACCCCCCUAGACAGAAUACCCCUACACGCUUUGAAAGACCUCCUGUAGCUUCUCAACAAACUGGUUCUGGUCAACAAUCCAGUCCUGUAACUGGCAAUCAAACAAAGCAACAAUCAGCAAAACCUGAGGCAAAGCCAGUUCCUCCAUCUUAUACAGACCCAGACAAAGCUAAAAGUCCUUUAAGUCAAAGUACUCAAAAAGAAAACAAUUCCUCUGCUCCAUCCAUGACAGACGACCUUGUGGACUCAGUGGAUGGAUUUUUUAUUCAGAGUGGACCCAUUCCUCAAACUAAGGAUUCUGAUAAAACUGAUGCAGACAGUGCAAAGCAAGAUAAAACAAAAGAAGUUACUACAAAACCAUCUGCACCUACGGAUGCCCCAGACACCACAAACAAAAACUCUAACUUGCAACCUCCUAAGACCAGUCAUACUGCUAAUGGGCCACCACAACAAGUAAAGCCUCCUCAAAACAAAUUUAAACCUGAUACACCCAAGGAGACUCCUAGGAUGCUACCCAUGAUGAAUCAGCAAGUUCCACCACAGAUGGCACGGGGAAGAGGACGAGGCCAAAUACCAAUGCCUCUCCGAGGCAGGGGUCGUGCACGUGGUCGAGGGCAGUAUGGCGGACCAAUGGCUGAUCCCAACUUCCAAAGAGAAAUUGAGGAGGAUUCCUAUGACCAUCAGGAACCAGGCAACGCAAGUCAUGGCGAGGAUCAGGAUCGUAUUUGGAGAGAUCCUUCUUUAGAUGGUCCUGAAGAAAUUGAUCAGGAAGCACCUUUAGAGAUUUGGCAACCAGAGGAGGAACACUUUCCAGAGGAGUACCCAGAGGACACUCACCAAGAUGAAAACUGGGAAGAAGAACCACAGGAUUAUUGGGAGGAAGAAGAUCCAUAUUGGGCAGAGCAACGACCUGCCAUGCGUGCUAGACCUCCUUUUCCUCCAGGUGGCCCCAGAAGACCUCCUUUCCAUCCACGAUUUAUGCUUCAAGGUCCAAGGCGCCCUCCUCCUCCUGGAAGUUUGCAACAUAACCCACUUGGACCUCCUCCGUUUCGACCACGUGGGGGAGUUGUACCACGAUUCAGACGUGGUUUAGGCCCUUGGGGACCAUUACCCCGCCAUGACAUGAUGGAGCGAGAUUUAAGACGACCACCAGCACCUCAUGAAAUUAUAGCUAGGGAACCAGCUGGUCCUCAUGGAUAUGAAGAAGAAAUUGACAGAGAGCCUGCAUGGCCUCAUCCUCGUGGUAGAGGGAUUAGACGACCACCUUUGCCACCCCAUGAAAUGGGAAGAGGCAUUAGAAGACCACCCAUGAGGCCUGCAAUGCCAAGAGAAAGGUGGCAUGGCCCACCACCUCAUGAAGAAGAGAAUUAUGAGGAGGAAUACCCAUAUGGUGCAGAGGAUGAUGUGUACAGAAGGCCACCUCAUGAAUACAAUGAAGAUUAUGAGCAUGGAGAUGAGUAUUAUGGCUCUCGUGAGGAAUGGGACGGGGAGCAACCUGAACGAGACUAUCCUCCACAUCGUCCUCCAGAACGUGUUAGAGAGGAUCCAUGGUUAGAGGAAAGAGAAAGAUCAUUCCCAUAUGAGGAAGACCGAUAUAGAGAAGAACGAAGGGGACCUUUUUACCCUGAUGAUCCACCUUAUCAAGACCGAGAUCGGGAGCCUCCAUUUCAUUCACGUUCUGAUUGGGAAAGGCCCCCACCUCCACCCCCACCAGAAAGAGGAUACUCCCGUUCACUUAGUGAAACGGAUUAUGAACAUAAACUGGAUCCACUAGCUAGCCUUCCCGCACCUCAAGCCACAGAUUCCCCACUUGAUGAGUCUUCACCUAGCGCAACUAAGGCUGUACUUGCUCUUUCUCAAAGGCAGCAUGAGAUCAUUCUUAAAGCUGCCCAGGAGCUAAAAAUGAUCAGAGAGCUUCAGGAGACCAAAAAGGCUUUAGGAGAGGUUUCCACCACAGAGUCAGCUGGGUUGCCUUCAGAGCUUCCUGCUGGCAUCCUUGGAUUGGAAAUUCCACCAGAGGUUAAAAGUGCCCUGCAGGCUACCAACUUAUUGUCUGAAACUGGACAGACAUUCAAUGCUGGUUUGUCCUCAAAUCAAUCUACAGAUUUUCUUUCUUCAACUGCCCCUACAGCCUCAUUCAUUGCUAAAACUGUGGACUAUGCGCAUGGUCGUGAUGGGGGUUCAACAGUGGAAAGAAUUUCUUAUGGGGAGAGGGUCUUGCUAAGACCUGCUCCAGCUCCAUCUGAGCGAUCUUAUGAGAAAGAGUUGCUUGGCCAUAGAGAUCCAUAUUAUGACAGAAGAAGUGACCCGUAUGCUGCCAGAGAUUAUGACAGGGAGUGGGAGAGAGAUCCAUAUAGGGAGAAGCCGACUUUGGAUUAUGAGAGAGACAGAUAUGAAAGGGACCGCUACCUACGAGAUGAACGAGCUUCACUCGGGCCUCGUCCAACAUACAGAGAGAGAGAAAGAGAACACUCAAGCCGCUCAAGCAGGGAUCGAGAGCUUUAUAAUCGACCAAGCUAUGAGAGAUCUUCCUAUGAAAGGAGUCUUGAACAUUAUGAGCAUGGAUCCUCAAGCUAUGGUGAACGGAGAAGUUAUCCAGAUGAACGGCAGCCUCCACCCACAUCCCUUCCUCCGUCUGCACCUGUUGCCCCACCUGUGGAGAAGAAACCAGAGAUUAAGAACGCAGAGGACAUCCUUAAACCCCCCGGUCGAUCCUCUCGGCCUGACAGGAUUGUGGUUAUCAUGCGUGGAUUACCUGGAAGUGGCAAAAGUCAUGUUGCAAAACUUAUUCGGGAUAAAGAGGUUGAAUGUGGUGGUGCGCCACCCAGAGUUCUCGGCCUGGAUGAUUAUUUCAUGACUGAAGUGGAAAAAAUUGAGAAGGACCCUGACUCUGGGAAACGUAUAAAAACCAAGGUGCUUGAAUACGAGUAUGAACCUGAGAUGGAAGAUACUUACCGAAGCAGCAUGUUGAAGACAUUCAAAAAAACACUGGAUGAUGGCUUUUUCCCCUUUAUAAUUUUGGAUGCCAUCAAUGAUAAAGUGAAGUACUUUGACCAGUUCUGGAGUGCUGCUAAAACCAAAGGGUUUGAGGUGUAUUUGGCUGAAAUCACGACUGAUCAGCAAACAUGUGCCAAGAGAAACAUCCAUGGACGAACACUAAAGGAUAUUUCAAAGCUGUCCGGUGGCUGGGAGUCUGCACCGCCUCAUAUGGUGAGACUAGAUAUCAGGUCUCUUCUGCAGGAUGCAGCAAUCGAGGAUGUGGAGAUGGAAGACUUCAACCCAUCCGAUGAACCAAAAGCUGAAGUGAAAAAUGAUGACGAUGAGACUGAUCUGGGAUACGUUCCGAAAAGCAAAUGGGAGAUGGACACUUCAGAAGCAAAGCUGGACAAACUGGAUGGUCUGGUUGGCGGAGGCAAGAGAAAACGGGACGCUGGAUUGUCCGGCAUGGAAGACUUUCUUCAGCUGCCUGAUGACUAUGCCACUCGCAUGUCUGAACCUGGCAAAAAGAGGGUGCGCUGGGCUGAUCUUGAAGAGCAGAAGGAUGUCGACCGAAAGCGAGCGAUUGGUUUUGUUGUCGGUCAGACAGACUGGGAAAAAAUCACGGAUGAGAGCGGCCAGAUUGCUCAGAGAGCUCUCAACCGCACCAAGUAUUUUUAGGAGAUUUUGUAAUGACGUAUGUACAGAGUUAAGGGUCACCAAUUCAUGAAAUCUUCAUUAAAGUGUGCUGCCUGAUGAAGAAAGAGCAUCGACUCUUCAGAAGCGGGCACUUAGUCAUCGGUCGAUCCUGUAAUAAACAAUAAAUGGCCUUGGUAUAAUAUUUGAAAUACUGUAAAUCUUUUCUGUUUUAUCCAGUCUUAUUUUAAUAGGUUACACUUUCUGUGAUGUUUUGUAGCAGUGAUGCAUUUGAUUGUAGGUGUUCUUUUUAUUUUAUUUCAUUGAUCUAGUUUGACCUUGACAUGUUAUUCUUGUAGUUUACACACAUGUAUGCACUCAAUAAAGCUUACAAAACAGUCUCGUAAUAAACCAUUAUACAGUCAUUUUUCACUUGAUUGCUGUUAAAAGCAUUCCAAAAAAGAAAAGAAAAAACACCUGAAUUGUGUAAUUUGGUGUCUGGUUAAUCUUCAAGAAACUAGUCAGGGGCUUGUUGCAUAAACCUAGCUGCAUGUUUGACCACCUAGCAAUUCACCUAUGAGUAAAAAGUAAUCAGUUAUAGACCUUUAUGUCACUGACUUUUAAAAGUUUUGGUCAGUCUUGAUGAAAAAAGGUGACUAACAUUUAAAUUCUAAUGUUAAGUGGUUUUUGCAACCAGCUCCAGCUUGAAUGCUUGAUAAUCCAGUAUUGCGUUUAGUUUUCUGGUCUCUCAUAUGGCAGUCAAUAUAGGUUGAUGGGUCUGUUUACUUUGCUGUUGACCUGAGGCUUAUUUGGUUUGCCACAUAAGUUGCCUGGAAACUGUGUAGUUAUUGUCUUACUGCUUUUGUAUGUAUUCAACAAAUCUUUGUAAGCCUUAAAGCCUUUUCAUAUAAAAAUAUGAGCUUUUUC